AUGGUCCCGUGUUUCAUUCGAUCGGUCAAGGAAGGGAGGCAAUAUACGGACCAAAAUGAGAUAGAAUACACGAAUCUAGCAAACCAGAGGGAACGCAAAGGCAGCAAAAAUUUGGAUGCGGUGGUUCAUCCGUUCGAAGACAGGAAAUGGAAUAAGGAAGACUCAAUCGAUCGGGAAGGAGAACGUCGUCUCCGGUGUUUGACGACGCCGAAGGGGAAAAAGAUCGAGGCUGCGGGGGAAGAGGCGUAUGAGGGUAGCGGCGUCGUUUCCGUGGUUUGGUCGAACCGAAGGAAGAGAAGAGGCAGAAGUAGCGGGCUUUCCCUCUUUCCCGUCCGGCUGCCAGGUGCGAGGAAGGACGAGGUCCUAGGGGCAACGCAGUCAGUGCCGUUAGAGGGGGUUUGGACCUGCUGUGAAAUCGGGGAAGAAAAGGGGGGAUUAAGGGGAUGA